AAUCAGUGGUGUGGAUCGACUGUAAAUAGUGGUCCUGUGCGUCCGGUACUUUCAGUUGUUAAAGUGUCAUGGCGUACUUCGUCACGUCGAUUUUCUUGGUUGCGCUGCUAGCCUCAAGCGGUUUGGCACAGCAAACAAGUGAAGAGCCGAAAAAAGAGGAGAGUUUCGAGUCUGAAAUUUGUAAAGAUAAAGACGCCGGUGAAUGGUUCCGUUUAGUAAGCGGAGAAGGUGAUACUUGUCGAGAUGUUAUACAGUGUACGUCAUCGGGUCUACAAGCUAUUCGUUGUCCUGCCGGUCUUUACUUCGACAUUGAAAAGCAGACUUGCGAUUGGAAGGAUUCCGUUAAAAAUUGUAAGCUGAAGAACAAAGAGAGGCGUGUGAAACCUAUGCUUUUCACUGAAAAACCUGUUUGUAAUGAGGGUGAGCUCGCCUGCGGAGACGGUCAAUGUAUCGAAAGGGGUCUUUUCUGUAACGGUGAAAAGGAUUGUCAAGAUGGAUCCGAUGAGACUACUUGUGAUAUCGACAGUGAUCCCAACAGUGCACCGUCAUGUGAUCCAGCUGUUUGCGUUCUUCCUGACUGUUUCUGUUCGGAAGAUGGUACCGCGAUACCUAACGACUUACCGGCCAAAGACGUACCUCAAAUGAUCACAGUUACUUUCGACGACGCUAUCAAUAAUAACAACAUCGGAUUGUAUAAAAAUAUUUUCAACGGCGAGCGGAAAAAUCCGAACGGUUGUCACAUCAAGGCCACAUUCUUUGUAUCCCACAAGUAUACUAACUACUCGGCUGUUCAAGAAAUGCACAGAAAAGGUCACGAAAUAGCUGUACACUCAAUAUCUCACAAUGAUGACGAAAGAUUCUGGUCUAACGCAAGCGUGAACGAUUGGGUAAAGGAAAUGGGAGGUAUGAGAAUAAUCACUGAGAAAUAUGCAAAUAUUACUGAUAACAGCGUGGUAGGAGUAAGAGCUCCUUACCUUAGAGUAGGUGGUAAUAACCAAUUUACGAUGAUGGAAGAAGAAGCGUUUUUGUACGAUUCUACUAUCACUGCACCAUUGAACAAUCCACCUCUAUGGCCGUAUACCAUGUACUUCAGAAUGCCUCAUAGAUGUCACGGUAACUUACAAAGUUGCCCAACUAGAUCUCACGCUGUUUGGGAAAUGGUCUUGAACGAAUUGGAUAGAAGAGAAGAUCCUGAAAAUGACGAGUACCUACCAGGAUGUGCUAUGGUUGAUUCCUGUUCGAAUAUACUAACGGGAGAUCAAUUCUAUAAUUUCCUAAAUCAUAAUUUCGACAGGCAUUAUAAUGAGAACAGAGCACCGUUGGGUCUUUAUUUCCACGCUGCAUGGUUGAAGAACAAUCCGGAAUUUUUAGAUGCUUUCCUUUACUGGAUCGAUGAAAUUUUAGCUAAUCACAAUGACGUCUAUUUUGUAACGAUGACUCAAGUUAUCCAGUGGAUUCAGAAUCCAAGAACUAUCUCAGAAGCCAAAAAUUUCGAACCAUGGAGGGAAAAGUGUGUAGUUGAAGGCAAUCCCGCUUGUUGGGUACCUCACAGCUGCAAGCUCACCUCCUCUGAAGUUCCCGGGGAAACUAUCAACCUCCAAACUUGUGUAAGGUGUCCAAAUAAUUACCCAUGGCUCAACGACCCGACAGGUGAUGGUAUCUUCUAAGUCAGCUCUAGUUAAAUUUGUAGGGUAGUAUUGAAACAGUGGUGUCCAUGGAAGAUGGGCAACUAGUGAUCAAACGUUCUCGUAUUUAUUAUCUUAGCAAUGACUGGUAUGCGUGAUUUUUGUUGUUAUAAUGGAAACUAGGAAUUAGACUGUUUAACAAAUGCUGAAAGCAUGGUGAAUCUCACAAUUUAUGUAAUAUACACUCCUACUAGGUACUUUUGUAAAAAACAUGUUUUUUAUAAGUUUUAUAGGAACGAAAUAAAAAUUUUUUCAACAGUUGU